AUGCUGGUCUGUAAUGCAUGUGGCUUGGAGCUCACUUUGACGGACACCACAUAUGUAUGCCCAGAAGGGCACAUCCUAGAGAACAAGAUAGAGAUUGGAAACGAAUUUGCCCAAACCAUUGCUGAAAAGACAAAAAGGGAUAUUAUGGAUCCUGUUUCAAUCAUCAAAAGCACAUACGGCACAGACUACACAAGCCUGCUGCUUUUAUACUAUAUGUUCGAAGACAUCAGGGCAUACUUGGGCAUCAAGUCGUCAAAGUACUUCGAUAUCUUUCUCAACUUCAUAGCAGAAAAAAACGAAAAGAAGCUCGAUAAGUCGUACAUUACAAUGCCAAUACUCAGAGCGCUGACAUACUACUCAAAAAGAAUGGAAGUCGAGGCAAAAAAUCAAACAUACUUAUACCUGGACUACUACAUUGCAAUGGAGGCAUAUCCAUACAAAAAACGCAUAGAGGAAAGAGCGAAUGCGUUGAAGAUAAAAAAGCGAUUCAAAAUGGGCCUCCAAAUAUCCGGAUUCGGCUUGAACAUCAUAAGCACGGUUCUGGGAUGCUUCGGCGAGGCAGGCACAGAACUGAGAAGCUAUGCAAUAAAAAAAGACCUGUUGCUGUUCAAAAACGAGUCAGGCAUUCCAAGCGCAGAGCUUGAAAGAAACAAGGCCUGCUUCAGAAUGGAUCUAAGAAGAGACUACGAGAUGAUGUUUGGUUACUUUGAAAGAAUAUGCAAAAUUAUUCUGUUGGAUAUCACUACAGACCUUAUAAGCAAGUUUAAAGUAUUCUUCUAUGCAUCAGACUACACUAAAACAAUUCAUAUACCUGAGAUUGAGAUAUGUGUGUUUCUUUAUGUCUAUAUAAUGAUGUAUCAGCGAGACUUCGACGUCACCAAUGCCAAUUGCAAUCUCAAAGAAAUUAUACUCAGGGAUUAUAACAUAGCAUUUAAAAAGCAGCAUUCGGAUAGCAGUGAGGAAUAUGCAAAAGCAGCAUGGAAGUACCAAUACGCACACCAAAGCUUUGAGACAGGUUUAAAGUCGUUAAUAUUCAAAAUUACAUGGAUGAGCGAUUAUAUAUUGAAUCAAAAGAUAAAAAAGUUGAAGAAACUCUUCUCGGAAUGCAAGGACAUUGACAAGUAUCAGAAAAAACGUUGUGAUGAUGAAAAAAUCAUACUGAAGCAAAACAUAAAAUACAUAAAAAUUUUAAUGCUUCAAAGAAUUAGCAAAAUACGUAAAAAUAAACUCUAG